AAAUUGAACAAACCAAGAAAGGAAAAACCUCUCUCUCUCUCUCUCUCUCUCAUUCAAUUUCUCCCACCACCACCACUUCAAGCUAGCUAUAUUGGAACUACUACUAGUAUAUUUUCAUGCAAAUAUAGCUUAAUUAAUUGCACCAUAGUGAUUGCACUUGUACUUUACACUUUUGUUCCAAUUAUUUUGGAACUGAUGCUAGCCGUGUCUCCAUUGCUAACCAACAAUGACGAGCCGAGAGAGAUGGAGAGCAAUACUAGUUUCGAAAUCGACACCGACGAAUUCGGGGACUUCUCGGAUGCAAACUUGUUUAUUGAUUUUGAUGAUCUUUUCAUGGGCAUGGACGAUGGAGAGGUCUUGCCAGACUUGGAGAUGGAUCCGGAACUCCUUGCGGAGUUCACGGUUAGUGGUAGCGGAGAUGAUUCCUCAGAGAUGAACACAUCUGCCGGGUCAGUUGAAAAGGCUGAAGAUGUUCGUCAGAGAAAAGAUGAGGAAGACAAGCUCUCUGGUUCGGGUUCGGGUUCAAGUACUAAAGGAGAGGAGAUUAUGAGUAAGAGAGAUGAGAAUAAUUCAGUUGUGACUAAUAAGAAAGAGUCCGACAAGGGAAGGAAAUCAUCGUCCUCUCAAUCUAAGAAUACCAACAACAAUCAAGGGAAGCGAAAAGUUAAGGUGGAUUGGACGCCAGAGCUGCACAGGAGGUUUGUACAGGCAGUGGAACAACUUGGUGUGGAUAAGGCAGUGCCUUCAAGAAUUCUAGAGCUUAUGGGAAUUGAUUGUCUCACUCGCCACAACAUCGCCAGUCACCUUCAAAAAUAUCGGUCUCAUAGGAAGCAUAUGCUAGCGCGUGAAGCGGAGGCUGCAAGCUGGACUCAAAAACGCCAGAUGUACAGCGGCGCUGCCGCAAGUGGUGGAGGAGGAGGGAAGAGGAACAUGAGUCCAUGGAUUGCACCAACCAUGGGCUUCCCACCCAUGACACCCGUGCAGCCACCACACCACCCUCACUUUAGACCUUUACAUGUAUGGGGCCAUCCCACGGUGGAUCAAUCCGUAAUGCACAUGAUGUGGCCUAAACAUCUAGCACAUUCACAAUCUGCUCCGCCAAUACAAACACCGCCGCCAUGGGCUCCCGGAGCUCCUCCUCCGCCUCAUGACCCAUCUUAUUGGCACCACCGCCAACGUGUACCUAAUGGACUGACCCCAGGAACUCCUUGUUUUCCACCUCCAAUGGCAACAACGAGAUUUGCCGCACCACCUGUCCCUGGCAUACCACCACCACAUGCCAUGUACAAAGUUGAACCAGGCAUUGGUGUGCAGUCAGCCCCUCACCCAGCUCUAUUAGACUUUCAUCCGUCGAAAGAGAGCUUAGAUGCAGCUAUUGAAGAUGUUUUAUUGAAACCAUGGCUGCCACUUCCACUUGGUCUAAAGCCUCCAUCCACGGAUAGUGUUAUGGUGGAACUGCAACGUCAAGGAGUUCCCAAGGUACCGCCAACUUGUACUGCUGCCUGAACCCUAAAACAUACAAGACCGGUGGUUCUACAAAAAACCCUAAAUUCGACGACAUUUCCCGCUCUUUUAGCAUCUAUUCGAUCUAAGCGAGCUUUCUCUUUUCCUUUUCUUUAAUUUAACCUUAUCCCUUGUUAACUUCUUCAUCACUAAAGAGAAGUAUGGCGUCCUUGUUCUUGUACACCUUUGUUUAUCACUAAAGAGAAGUUUUUGUAACGAAUAUUUAUGAGUACCAUAUAAGUUAACUAUGAGGGCAUCAUUUUCUGGUUUUUGUAA